AUGGAUUUCGUCUGCCCAAGAACACGCAUCCGCCAUCCAAGACUCGGCCUCGUUGCUACCGGCCUCGUCACUCUCUGCCGUGUCCUCCGCCUGGGCGCUAUCCUCCCCCUCGUUGAUCGCAUCGAGAGGACCGGCGAGGUGGGCAGCGGUGCCGGGCUGUUAUCCGUCUGCAAAGCCAGAACUGUGACGAGGGCCUGCGGGAAGAAUAAUUUAAUAUUCCAAAUGUUGAGGCUUCUCAAAGCCAACUGCUAUGCCUAUGUAUGUGUAUUCUAUCAAAUCGCCUUAGUUCUCGGAAGAUACAUGCAAAGAAGAGAAAAGAAGAGGCCCAACAAGUGA